GGUUGGCGGGAGCUUAUUUCGUCAGCAGCAGACGAUGGCGGUUCAACUGAGAUACGCUGCUGCCGCUUCCGUCGUGUUCGUUUUACUCUCUUACUACCAGUUCAGCUGCAAUGUCUUCGACAGUGAGAACGACUAAACAUAACUCUGGAGAUUCGUCUCAGUGUUGAAAGGCGCAGCAUUCCUAUUGUUGGCAGCAGCAUGUUUACACAUGUCGCUGCUCGGGCCAGUGUCCAAGAGCCACAAGUGGUGGUCAGUCAUCGUACAGUAUCUUUUCAUGAUGGUAUUUCGGAUAGUUGGUAAUGUCACUUGCAAGAAAUUUAACGAGAAUUCAAAAGCAAUAAAGAAGUCCCAGGAUGAGUUCCUAACAGGCAUGCUUGACAAUGCCAAGAACACUGAAUAUGGAAAAAGAUAUAACUUCUCUAGCAUCAAAAACAGAGAGGAGUUUGUGAAGAUCCACCCCCUCACCACAUACAAUCAUUAUAAGGACUACAUAGAGCGUAUCAUGAAUGGAGAGACUGAUGUGAUGAUCCCUGGUCAGCCAUUGAUGAUGGCCGUCACCUCCAGUACUAGCAGUGGACAGUCCAAAGCACUGCCCGUCGCAAAGGACUACUACACUAAUAUGAUGAUGACCCUUGUUGGCGUGUGGAUGCAGGAAUUACAGAACUUCCCUAACCAGCGUUGUCUUGGAAAGACCCUUCGAGUAUACUUUGCGCCUAAAAUCAGAUACACGGACGCUGGAAUACGCAUGGGCCCUAUCUCCACUCCACCUCCUGACUGGACGACCAAUGUAUUCCAGCAGCUAGCGACGACACCUACAGAGGCAUUUAACCAUGUUCUACCGGAAGCCGACAUGCUCUACAUUCACAUCCUGUUUGCGCUGGCCGACAAGUCACUGGUUCUCAUAGAUUGUGUGUUUGCGUCGAUGGUGUAUACAUUUGGUCAAACGAUGGAAACCCAUUGGCGAGAGUUCGUGGAAGACAUACGCGUCGGACGCAUCAAGAAAAGCCUAAACAUUCCAGAUGAUCUCCGAUGGAAGUUAAACGAGUACUUGGAACCAGACCCAGAGCGAGCUGCCGAGCUUGAGGAAGAGUUUAAGAAGGGGCCGGUUGGCAUCUUUAAGAGGGCCUGGCCUUACCUCGGUGUCAUCACCUGCAUUACCACCGGAACGUUUGCAAUCUACAUGAAGAAGCUAACAGAGAUUUACGGCAAAGGCUGUAAUUUCUACACUGCAUUCUAUGGCGCAUCGGAAGCAACAGUCGGGGUCGGUUUAUAUGAGAAGAGUAGGGACCCCCCGUUAUACGUCAUGGUGCCGGCAAGUAGUGCCUUCUUCGAGUUCAUUCCAAUCGCCGACAGUUAUGAAGAGAAUCCCAAGACGCUGUUUGCUGAUCAGGUGAAAGUCGGAGAGGUUUACGAACUAGUACUGUCCACUAGAAACGGCCUCUAUAGGUUCAGAUUUGGCGACGUUAUCAAAGUGGCAGACAAGUACAACGAGACACCUAUGCUGGAGUUCAAGUACAGAAUUGGACAGCUACUGAACGUGCGUGGGGAGAAGACGUCUGAAGAUGCAUUCAGCUAUGCACUACAACUGGCCAUGGAGCAGUGGCCGGCUGGUGUAAUUCUCAAGGACUACUGCUGCUGUGAAAGUGUCUUGGUGGACAAGCCAGAAGAUGAACAACAAUCAGGUGAGGCAAGUGAAGCACCCCACUACAUAGCGUUCGUCGAGCUAGAGGCAGAAGGAGCGAAGGACGCGAAGAUAACACAGGAACAGAAAGAAUUGGUGGAUCGUCAUCUCAGGAAUGGCAGCUACCCUUACGAAUCAUUCCGACGCAAGAAUGCCAUUGCUCCUGUUAAAGUGUAUGUCGUACCUCCUGGCACCUUCACCGCAUUUCGCAAUUACAUCGUGAACAACACCGGAGCAUCGCUGAAUCAGGUGAAGGUUCCCAGAGCUCUGCGAAGAGAAGAUUAUUACCACUUUAUGAAGGGUUGCGUCGCGGAGUAGCACAGGGUGGUCCGUUGGAUAAGCGUCGCCGAGCUGAGUCUCUGUGUGGUGAGUCUGUUGUGUGCGUGCGUGCGUCGGCGUGCGUGCGUCGCGUGUGUGUGUGUGUGUGUGUGAGGGGGGGGUGAAUAGAAUGAGAAAGAGUUAAUAAUCCUUUUCGUGACGUUGUGUAAAACAAGGAAAUGCCAGGAAGUAGAAGCCACAAUAAAUAAACGCAUAGUAAAAUAAGGGGGUUUCAAAAAGCUGUUAAAUGUAGUUGUUAGCUGUAAGGCUUUAGAUACUAGCAUGCGCAGAAGCCAGAAAAAAGUUUCUCAACAUUACUGUGAGGAUCGAUAGGGGGCGCUAUCGUAUCUGCGUGCUGCACGUCUCGGUCGUGUGAUCAGACAUAUAGGCCUAAUAGGUUCUGACCAUAUGCUACAAGACAAAUGGAAUAAUAACUAGAAUUGCAUGCAGGCAACCUAGCUUUACUGCUUUCGCGGGAAUGGGUAUACAACACUGAUAAAUGAUAAAGUAGAUGGUUUGUUUCGGGUUUCCAGAAAAAUGAUAUUUUUCUAUUAAAUUUAAAUAGAU